UGACCGGCGUGUGAGUAGUUCGCUCUCCUCUCCUCUGUGUAACCACUUGCUCCGAGGACGUGUGGAUGUACUGUGCAUUCCGCCGUGUUUCCGUGGCGCAGGGCAGGACGGUCGCCACGCCUUCAGUGUCGCGCUUUUACGCGGCGUAACCCACUGCGUGUGUCCACUGUUCACCGACAGCAGCCUGCCCGGAGCGAGGACCGGGACCUUUCAUCAAGCCACCACAGACAUUUUCCUCCACCGACAUCAAUCAAUUAGGCAGUGCCUCCGGAGUCCGGCUCUACCUCUGUCACUGAUGCCAGCUGAACGGGCUGUUUUGUAAAAAUAAUAAUAAUAAUAAUCAUUUGUGGAUAUCUGACGCGGCAGAUAUAUUCAUUUUGACAUCGGAUACAAGUCGGAUCAAAGAUGGGAAUCAACGUGUAGUGCCGUCAGGAAUGCCCCAGACUGUGUGCUCAGGCACCAUGUUUACCACUCCCAGUGGUUUCAGCCCUCAUCUGGCCUGUGCUGAGCCUGGGGAGGAGGAGGAGGAGGCCCCGCAGGAAGGCCCGGGGCCUGGGGCUUGCCUGGCCGACGGACCCCCGAUCACCUCCGCCUCCCUGGACACGCUGAUCCAGAACCUGGUGCCCACCGCCGACUACUACCCCGAGAAAGCCUAUGUGUUUACCUUCUUGCUGAGCGCUCGUCUGUUCAUUCCUCCUCCGGAGCUGUUGGCCAGGGUGUGCGAGCUGUGCAUCAAACAGCAGCAGCUGGAUCAGAGCCCACUCGACACGGCACGAGUGCGCAAGUUUGGGCCGAAGAUCCUGCAGCUGCUGACAGAGUGGACAGAGACGUUCCCGUCCGACUUCAGGGACGAGAAGAUGGUGGGACAUCUUAAGGACAUCAUCCACAGGAUAGCUGCAUGCGACGAGGCCUACUGGAAAACACUGAACCAGGUGCUUCAGAAGCUGAGCCAGAGGCUGGCCCUGAUGAGCCAGGGGGAAGAGAGCAUUGUGAAGGUCUCCCUCAACGCCUCCUCGAUCUCUGACAAGCUGGUGGCCUUCAAGACCAAGCCUCCGCCCAUCCAGAAGGACAUGCUCUCCAUCUGCAACGACCCCUACACACUGGCACAGCAGCUCACCCACGUGGAGCUGGAACAUUUGAGGCACAUCGGGCCCGAGGAAUUUGUCCAAGCCUUUGUUCAGAAGGACCCACUGGAUGGAACACAGCAGCCGUGCUUCGGUGACCAGAAGAAGAAAACCACAAACCUGGAAGCUUAUGUGAGGUGGUUCAACAGACUGUGUUACCUGGUAGCUACAGAGAUCUGCAUGCCUGCAAAGAAGAAGCAGAGGGCCCAGGUCAUAGAGUUCUUCAUCGAUGUGGCUCGGGAGUGUUUCAACAUUGGAAACUUCAACUCCCUCAUGGCUAUCAUCUCUGGCAUGAACAUGAGCCCCGUGUCACGUCUGAAGAAGACUUGGGGCAAAGCCAAGACUGCCAAGUUCUUCAUUCUUGAGCAUCAGAUGGAUCCGACUGGAAACUUUUACAACUACAGGACUGCCCUGAGGGGCGCCGCCCACCGCUCUCAGACUGCCAACAGCAACAGGGAAAGGAUUGUGAUUCCCUUCUUCAGUCUGCUGAUAAAGGACAUUUAUUUCCUGAAUGAAGGAUGCGCCAACCGCCUGCCCAACGGCCACGUCAACUUUGAGAAAUUUGUGGAGUUGGCUCGGCAGGUUGGGGAGUUUAUGACAUGGAAACAAGUGGAGUGUCCAUUUGAGGAGGAUCGGGCCAUCCUACACUACCUCCACACUGCUCCCAUCUUCAGCGAGGAUGGGCUCUACCUUGCGUCCUACGAGAGUGAGAGUCCAGAGAACCAGGUAGAGAAGGACAGGUGGAAAGCACUCAGGUCUAACAUCCUGGGAAAGACAUGAGGAGCUGACGGCAGCUAACCCUCCCACCAACGAGGGAGCGUGUGUUCUCUUUGCACUAAACUGAACUGUGAAGGAACCUAGCUGGUACUUAGGUGUUUUUCUAUGAAGAAAUGGUGGAGAGAAAAAAAAAGAAGGAGAAAGACAUGAUGAACAGGAUUCAUCAAUGAGUGUUAAAAGAAAAAAAAAUAAUAAUGUCAAAAAAAGCUAAAUCAGUAUGUUGGAGAGGGACAGCUCCUCCGCCAUCCUCCCCCUUAAUGUGUGUUUACUCUGUGAAGAUGUUUACUGCUAUAGAGAGUUACAGUUACAGGGAAAACCCACUUUAUGACAUGAAACUUGUUGUUUUUGUAUUUGCUCCUCGACUCUUCUCUCUCUCUCCUUCUCUUUUCCUUUCGUCCAAAGCCUUGCCUAGGUUAUUUCAUUUUUCCUUUUACUCGUACUGUACUGUAACAAAAACAUAUGAUGUGAAGGGCGCUGGCUAGCCCGUAUCAGCUGUCAAAUUUUAUAGGUCUACUGAAGGAAAUGGCAACGUUGCGCGUCUGGGAAGGCGACGCGCCUCUGCGCGUUUUUCACCCGAAACCUGCGGACGAUGCGCGUGAGGUCCCGGCGCGUCCUCCUUGUCUGUCGCCGUCGUCUCCGUCUUGUGCACGAGGACGUUCGGAGAAAAAAACUGUUUCAUCUCUUCUCGUGUUUUUAUUUAUUCCAUUUGGGGGGGGCGGGGAAUAUGAACUGUUUGAAACGUUUACUCCUUUUAAAUGUAUUGUGCCAUUAAUGCAAGAAAACUACAAGUAACAGUGGCCUCAGCGGGAGCCGCGGGGCCGGGGUGUAGAUUGUGUACAGGUGACGUUUUACCCCUCAUCUUUCUGCUCUUCAGGAAGUUCUCUCUGACUGACGUUCAGUUGUCUGAUAUAUUUAUGGAGAUUUCUGUGCUGACAGAUGUAUAGUUUUUAAUGUAACUUUCCUUUACUGAAUAUGAAGUCCGGCGGCAUGCUACGGCGGGUGUUUUUAAAGGGGCAUUAGCGUAACCACCUUGUAAAGACUACUACUGCAACAAAAAAGAAAACAAACAUACAAAAAAAAACUUUAUACGUUGUUGCAUUUUGCGGAAAGGACAGCGGGGAAUUGGUGACCACUGUCUUGCUAUCAUGUAAAGAGGGGAAACUUGUGCCAUAUGAUUCACCGGUUGUCACAACAAUUCAGGUUGACUUGAAACGUGUUGUUUAAUUGUUUCGUGGGGUCGUCACUGAGCUUUGUUUUGUUUUUUUGUUUUGUUUUUUUGGCAGUCGUGGUUCAUUUUUGAGUCGUCAGGGGGGAGCGUUGUAGGAAAAGAAGCGGGAACUGUGUAAUUAUAAGCUUUUUAAAAACAGUCUUAUUCAGUUUGCUCUUAUUGAUUGAUGUCAGUGUUUCCUCUUAAGAAGCACCUUUCCCCUCUCUAUAACAGACUGACUACCCCCUCCCCCUCCUCCUCCUCCUCAUUUGCCAUCAACAAACUCUGUCUGUAACCCAUUACCCUCAUGAGAUAAUAAUAGAGAGCCAGAGAUGUGAUGUCAAAUCUGCCAUUCGAGGUGAAGACGUGUUUUAAUAAAACAUUGUCCGUGCUGAGCGUGUGUUCUGAAUGACAAUCGCCUACAUGACAUCGGUUCUGCUGUUUUUAAACAGUGUUACUACCGGACUGACGCGUCCGUCUUUGAAUUUUUGCUUACACAAACAUCGCUGUGUGCAGUUAAAGGAGUGGAAUGCGUUCAGUUAUGUUUUUUUUUUGUUAGUUUGUUUGUUGGUUGUUUUUUUUUCUCCUGGAUGUUGAGGCCACACGUUUGGCUUUAACAUCAGCGCAGAAUUUGUGACUGGUUCCUAAAAAGCCUUUAAUAAAAAUAAACCAUGCUUAAGAGAC